UUGGUGGUGGCUAAUAAUGUGGGGUGAUUUUUCUUUUUUCUUUUUGGAGUGAAGAGGUGAGGAUUUUGGAGAUAAUUGUAGUGGGAAGAUCUACGACCAGUGAGACAUCAAAGAUAUGGAUCAACAUUUAACAUUUUGCAUGUCGACCACCAGAACACACCCCUACGAUUACCCUAUUCAAUAUUUUAUCACCGCCCGCUGCUAAAAUGCGCGUGUACCGCAUAACUUAUUAUCAUUAUUUCGCGCUUAAAAAAACCCUGCCAACCGAAAUCGUACGGCCUAUAAACCGCAAUACAUCAUUCCUGCGCCUCGUUCUUUAUGCGUAGUUUAACAAUAUUACACGACUAAUUGCUACCUUACGCCGGAUAAGAAAUGUCACUCAAAACCUAAACAAAGACCCGUAUUCUCUCUCUCUCUCUCUCUCACAUUUGGUGAUUUUUGAAGAACGGGAAAUUCCUAAAGCAGACUCCUGGGGUUUUUAACAGGUUCAUUUUCUAAAUAAAAGAAAUAUCUUAUACAUUUUUAGCUAUUUUGUCAUUUUGUUUUGAGUUUAUUAUAGCUUCAAUUUCUUGAAGUUGUGAUAAAUGCAAAAGAAAUAUACUUCACAGUUUCUCUUAUAGAAAAUCUUGAAUUUAGGGUUUAGAUAAAUUCUUGUCUGUAAUUGCCGUGGUAGUUAAAUGUUGUCUAAUUGGGCAUUAUCGUAUUCUGUUGUAUACUGAGACUCUGUUGAGUAGUUACUUGUAAUGUGACUCGUUGGUUUCUUUUAUCUUUUUUUUUUUUCUUUCAUGGGGAUGGGUAAUGUGGAAAUACCCAAAUGGCUUAAAGAUUUGCCUUUGGCGCCUGAGUUUCAUCCUACUGAUACUGAAUUUGCAGACCCAAUUGCUUAUAUAUCAAAAAUUGAGAAAAAAGCUACUGCUUUUGGUAUAUGUAAGAUUAUACCACCCUUACCUAAACCUUCAAAAAGAUAUGUGUUUGGUAACUUGAAUAAGUCCCUCUCUAAAUGCCCCGAAUUGGGAGAUAGUGUAAAUUUGUCAAAUGCUUCUUCGUUGAAAAAGGGUUUACAGGAUAUUGGUAAUGAUGGAGAGGCUAGAGCUGUAUUUACAACUAGGCAUCAAGAGUUGGGACAGGAUAUAAAGAAAACAAAAGGGACGAUUAAGGAGAAUCCGCAAUUGGGAGUUCAUAAGCAAGUAUGGCAGAGUGGGGAGAUUUACACAUUGGACCAGUUUGAGUCCAAGUCGAAGGCUUUUGCUAAAAGUUUGUUGGGUAUGUUUAAGGAGAUCAGUCCAUUGGUUAUAGAGACAUUGUUUUGGAAGGCAGCAUCUGAUAAGCCAAUCCAUGUGGAAUAUGCAAAUGAUGUUCCUGGGUCAGCUUUUGGGGAGCCAGAGGAUCAGUUUAAGUAUUUUCAUAUACGGAGGAGGAAGAGGGCAUCAUACAAGUCUUAUCGGAGGAGCGCAGGAAGUUCUGAUUGCAAAGAAAAAGAAAUAGAUAAUGUAAAUAAUCUGGACAAUGAUGAAAUGAAGGGUACUGCUAUGAAGAAUGAACCAAGUAUGUCUUCAGAGACAAUAUCAAGAUCAUCAAUUACUUCAUCAGUUGUACUUUCAGAGGAAAUUUUGAGAUCUUCUAAGCGAAAGAGUGUAAAUGCUAAUAAUGACAUGGAAGGUACUGCAGGUUGGAAGCUUUCAAACAGCCCUUGGAAUCUGCAAGUCAUUGCACGGUCACCUGGCUCUCUUACACGUUUCAUGCCAGAUGAUAUCCCAGGCGUUACUUCCCCUAUGAUCUAUAUAGGUAUGCUGUUCAGUUGGUUUGCUUGGCAUGUUGAAGAUCAUGAGCUUCACAGCAUGAAUUUUCUUCAUACUGGCUCUGCAAAGACUUGGUAUGCUGUCCCUGGAGAUCAUGCAUUCACUUUCGAGGAAGUUAUUCGCAUGCAGGCUUAUGGUGGCGGCAUCGAUCGGUUAGCUGCUCUGACAUUGUUGGGGGAGAAGACAACCCUUUUGUCACCUGAGGUUAUAGUUUCAUCCGGCAUUCCGUGUUGUAGGUUAAUACAGAAUCCUGGUGAAUUUGUAGUGACUUUUCCAAGGGCUUACCAUGUAGGAUUCAGCCACGGUUUUAACUGUGGGGAGGCUGCUAAUUUUGGGACCCCGCAGUGGCUUAAAGUAGCCAAGGAAGCUGCAGUGCGUAGGGCGGCUAUGAAUUAUCUUCCCAUGCUUUCCCAUCAGCAGCUGCUAUACCUGUUGACCAUGUCUUUUGUUUCAAGAGUACCAAGGUCACUUUUACCAGGUGCUCGCAGUUCUCGUCUUAGGGACCGGCUGAAAGAAGAAAGGGAGUUGUCAGUAAAGAAGGCUUUUAUAGAGGAUAUGUUGAAAGAGAACAACAUUUUAUCUGCUCUUCUGGGGAAAGAUUCCAUUUGCAAUGUUGUAAUCUGGAACCCUGAUUUGUUGCCAUGUGCAAAUAAAGAUUUUCAAGUGCCCAGUACUGUUACUGCCACAACAGAAGAAAUUGUUUCAAGUUUUCAUUCUAAAGAUAAUAGUAGCACUACUGAGAAUGAUCUGUUUAAGGAGAUGAGCUUGUAUAUGGAAACUCUCAAUGAUCUAUAUGUGGAUGAUGAUGGUGAUUUAUCAGAUGAUUUUCAAGUUGAUUCGGGGACAUUAGCAUGUGUGGCUUGUGGAAUCCUUGGUUUUCCAUUUAUGUCUGUGGUGCAACCAUCCGACACAGCAUUGGCAGGACUUCUGGAUCAUCCUUUGGUUCAAGAAGGAUCAAUAGAAGAAUCUGGAAGUUGUCGUUCCUCUGCAGCCCGUGAUGGCUCUUGUAUGGGCUCUAUUCCAGAUCUGCCGUUAUCUAGAGGGUGGAAUAAUUCCAGUAAAUUUCUGAGACCUCGGAUUUUCUGCCUUGAGCAUGGUGUCCAAAUUGAGGAGCUCUUACGUUCUAAAGGUGGAGCAAACAUGCUUCUAAUUUGCCAUUCAGACUAUCAGAAAAUAAGGGCACAUGCUGCUGCCAUCGCGGAGGAAAUUGAUACUCCUUUCAAUUAUAAUGAGAUUCCACUGGAAAGUGCAUCCCAGGAAGAUCUGAAUUUGAUAUACAUCGCAAUUGAUAGUGAAGAUCAUGAUGAUUGUGGGGAAGACUGGACCUCAAAACUGGCGAUCAACUUACGUUACUGUGUAAAGGUCAGAAAGAACUCCCCAUCUAAUAAAGUUCAGCAUGCAUUGGCAUUGGGGGGACUAUUUUCUGAUGAAACCAGUUCAGAUUUUUUAAACAUCAAAUGGCAGUCUAGAAGAUCAAGGUCAAGGAUUAAGUUAAAUAGGCCUGCUCAUUGUAAGCCACAGAACAGAGUUGAAACAAAUAAAGAGAACAUAUUGGGGAAGACGUCAGAUAAUGUCAUUGUUAAAACAGAAAAUAAGCUCAUUCAAUAUACAAGAAGGAAGUAUAAGGUGAAAAUAGAUUGUUCCGCUAGAUGGAAUCAAGGCUGCCCUAGGAAGCACACCAUGGAACAAGUUUCGGGUGCUAAUUGUGAGGAUCUAGUUAAGCAUACCAGAAAAACAUCUAAGAUUACUCCUGCUGUUGAAAUUAGUAGAAGUGAUGCUGCAGGAUCAUGUAUGUCUCCUAUUGGAAUGUCUGGAGUGCUUCAUGAAGUCCAAGUGCUUGAAGCAACUGAUGAGAUGUGCUUGAAUUCUGCUUCUUUACAUGUUACAGGUCCAGUCCUCACUGCUAAUCCAGCUAUUGAACGUGUUGUCAGGCAGGUUGAGAUACCUUUGGAAAAAUCAAAUAGGUUUGAAAAUGUAAGCACUGUUUCAGCUCGUGUUAGUUUCAAGAUACAGCACGAGGAAAAGGUUAAUGGAGUAAUCAUUGAGGAUGAGGAUUCAAGUGGCACAAACUUAUGUAGUCAAUGUGUCACUGCAGCUGAAAGAUCUGAAAUGGAAGGAGAAUAUCAUACAACAAAAAAUAUUAGCCUCACAAAUGAGGCUCGUGAAAUAUUUUGUGAAGGGCAGUACAAGAUCUUGGGAGAUAGAGAUGUUUUGGCAAAUGAGGUUACUAAUCUUGCUAACGCAGCUAGUUUACAUGUUUCUCACCCUCCUGUGGGACAACUGGAGAACAUAGUUGCAGAGAAAUCUGGCAUUAACAAUGAGGUGGUUCAAGAGAAAUCUUUUAUGAAAAAUGAGGUGUGUGACAGUGUGAGUGUGACUUUGGACAAUGAAGUGAAGCAAGAAUUUCGAACUGCAGGCAAAAGUAAUGGCAGGCAAGGAACUUCAUUUAGUGAUACACUGAAAGAUCAGCAUGCUGUCUCACUGGAAGAAAGCACUGAAUGUCUACAAGAGACCUGUGCUGAAGAAGAUAAACUUCAGCAUGAAAUUGAAAUUACUAGCGGAAUUAACAAGGAACUCAUUCCGAAUAUUGUUAUGAAUGACCAAAAUCAUGUUUCUGUGGCUGAAAGUUCUGAAAUUCUCAAGCAGCCUUGUAUCUCAGCCAACUUGUUCAAUGUUACUUUGAAGAGGGGAAUGCAGCAGGGAAUUCAGUUCACAAAAGAAAGAAAAAAGGAACACUGCUCAUGUUCUAUCACACAAAUGGGAAUUGAUCAGCCUAAUGCUGUUUCAGAGGAAACAAUUUCUGAAGCUCUUGGGGGGACCUCAGCUAAAAACUUGUGGACUGGCUCAAUUUUAGAUUUCGAUAUGCUGCUGAAAGUUCCAACUGUAAACAGAAGCAAAGUGGAGAACAUUAUUCCUAAUUCCACCAAUCAAAUACAAGAUCCUGUUAUUCCAGUUAUAGUGGAAGAAUAUUCUGAAGUUCCAAGAGCAAGUUCUGUUUUCUCCGUUGGAUUGAAUUUAGAAACUAAGUUGCAGAAGCCAAUUCACUCGGAUGAUGUGGUUUACAGAGAUGAUGAAGUGCAUGAAGUAUGUCAGACUCCAAGAGAAACUAAUGAGGAACGUCUUUUGAGCCAUAUUACUCAGAUAAGCCAGCAAAGUCCAGCUCAAAUUAAAAGAUGUUUUGGAACUGAAGAAGAAUCCUACAGUACUGGAAAUGUGUUCAAGGGGCAAGAUGAUUGUUCAUCACAUGAGCUAGAAAGCGCUGAAUCUGCAGUGGUGGAUCCUAGGUCAACUGUUGGAAAAGGCAGAAAAAGAAAGAAUGAAGUAGAACAUCUAACAGAGAAUAAAUUAAACAACAACGGCUUUAUUAUAAGCCCAUGUGAAGGGUUGAGGCCGAGGGCUGGGAAAGAUGCAACAUUUAGAAAUGGGGUUGAUAUAAGAAAAUCUGCUCAGGAGAACCCAAUGACAAAGAAAGCCAGAAAACCUGUUAAUUCAGUUCCUAAUGCAAAAAAGAAAGAAAUCGCAAAGAGAUCUUACAAGUGUGACCUGGAAGGUUGUCCGAUGAGUUUUGAGACGAGGGCAGAGCUACUGUUGCACAAACGCAACAGAUGCCCCUAUGAGGGAUGUAGGAAGAGAUUCAAUUCACAUAGAUAUGCAAUAAUUCAUCAACGUGUUCAUGAAGAUGAUCGACCCCUCAAAUGCCCAUGGAAAGACUGCUCCAUGUCAUUUAAGUGGGCAUGGGCUAGAACUGAGCAUAUGAGGGUGCAUACUGGAGAGAAACCGUACAAGUGCAAGGUGGAGGGUUGUGGCCGCACUUUCAGGUUUGUGUCAGACUUUAGCCGGCAUAGGAGAAAAACAGGACACUGUGUGAAUACACCUGCCUGAAAAUAUAUUCCCAUUCAGCCUGAUUCUGUAUCUUACAUGAAAAUGGUGAAUUGGAUUUUGGGGCCAAAGAGGCUUACCCAAUAUGUAUAAACUCAAGUGUUGCAGGUAGAUGUAGACUAGAGUUGAACUGAUCCUUUUGUAGGUAGGCAUUCUCAAAUUAUUUGAAUGCAAUGAUAGUUGAAAUAUCCUUAUUUUGUGUUUCUGUGGGUCUAGAUCAUGCCAUAAGGUUGUCUCUUGAGUAGGACUGGGCCUUAAUAAAAGCAUUAUCAGUGGCAUUUGAGGAA